GCUGAAUUCAGUUUGCCGAAGAGAAUAUCCAAAUUUAUUUCUCAGAAAUUUACGACUUUAACCUCGAAAGAUAUUACCCCCUCACCUGCCUCCAUAUUUUUUUAAUACAAUAGCUCUAAUACACAUAUCAUAGAUAACCAAUCAGGCGUAAAAAUACCCCAAAUUUCUUCUCAAAUGUAAUGUUUGCUUGCUUUUCCAUGUUUCAUAUCAAGUUCAUAUCAAUUUCUGUCUUUUUGUCAAACAAAACAAAGACAAAAAGACAAAACGGGACUGUGGUAACUUGUGAUGUGCAUUUAUCAUUAUCUUUUGACAUUUUUUGACCGACAAAUAAUAGAUUUAUCACAAAAAAAAAAAUUGUAAUUCAUAAUUACUGAUCACUUACAGGAUACCUAUCUGUUGAUUUUAUUUAUUUAUUUGACAGGGGCAGAGUGUAAACAUGCCGGAGUUUAGCAAAAAUGCUAAUUUACAUCCGUAGUGCCUUGGCAGGUAAUAUAAACAGAAACAUUACAAGUGACAAUAUACAGACACAAAUAUGUGAUACACAAGUAGAAGUUUGUGGGACUCAGCACUAUAAGGCAACUUUGAAUGGAGUUACUUCUUGUUAUUGAUUAUUACUUUUUAUUGUGUUUACAUUGGAGAAAAACAUUUGAGGGGUCAAAAGAAACAGUAAAAUAACUGACAUACUCAAAUGAAUGAUCAGUGUAAGUUGUUUUUUCGGGGGGUGUUGUGCUUUUGCGCAGUGAAACAUGGAUGUGUGCACGUGUCCUAAUUUGACUAAUCAUUAGGUAAAAUUUCAUCAGAAACAAGUCACAAAUUCCUGUUGGAGGAUGUGCUUGAGUUUGGAUCCAACAAAAACACACCUGACUACACACACACACACACACACACACACAAUCCUGGACUCCAAAAAAAAAAGCACCUGUAAUCAAAAACACUUCCAAAACUAAGACCAAAAACAGAUUUUGGGCUUCCUUGUCACCUAUGUUUACCUCUGCACUUUGCCAUCUUCCUAUAUAAAGAGCAGUCUAGUCGCAUCAAGUCAUUAGCUCAAGUAAUCCACUUGUGGCCCGGUGCCUAGAUUAUGCAAUCACACCGAGGGACUAAAGGCUAAACCAGCUUCAGCACAGACCGAGGGAGCUGCAUUUGGACAUGAGGCCUCUGUGGUGAGUUACUGGACGCUGCUCCUGUUCAUCGACCUACAAUGACCGGUCUGAUUGACAUCCUGCAGUUCUUGACCUGAUCCUGGUGGACUGGUGGAGGAUGAAACAGAGUAAAUGGUUGUUUAAAUACUCAUUGAAACAAAGAACUGACAGCCAAACAACUUGGGAACUGGUGACUGGAUAGAGGAGGUGACCACGAACAGUCAUGGGAUGUGGCGUCACAAAGUCUGACCAGUUCCACAAACACUCCAGAAAAGCCGUCACAACUAUAAAAGCUGCUGUCCUGAUUCAGCGAUGGUACCGUCAGUAUGUAGCCCGCACAGAGAUGAGACGGAGAUACACCUGGCACAUCUUCCAGUCCAUCGAAUACUCUGGAGAACAGGCUCAGAUAAAGCUUUAUAAUUUCCUCGGCUACCUCAUGGACAAUUUCACGCCCUCAAGCAAUGAGCGAAAUUUGAUCUCACACAUCUUCAGAGAGAACGAAGUUUGUCGGGACGCAGAGUGGGAGAGGUACUUCUGCUACAAGAACAUCGAGGUGCCAGAGAUUUACUCGGGACCUCACCUCACCUUCCCUCUGACGGUGGAGCAGGCGGUCGGGCUGGUGGAGGCCUUCAGGAACAAGAAACAGCUGCACUCGCGCUACGUCCUCCAGCUCCUGCUUGAGACGUGGAAACAGCUCCGGAUGUUGCCAAAUAUCAACCGCAUCUCCACCUGCCACAGCAAAGAAAUCACCAUUUGUGGUGAUUUGCACGGGCAAAUGGAAGACCUGCUGCUGAUUUUCUACAAGAAUGGCAUGCCGUCCUUGGAGAAGCCCUAUCUGUUUAACGGAGACUUUGUAGACCGAGGCAAAGACUCCAUUGAGAUCCUCAUCAUCCUGUUUUCAUUCCUGCUCGUCUACCCGAGCGAUGUCUACCUCAACAGAGGAAACCAUGAGGACCAUAUAGUCAACCUGAGGUACGGCUUCACAAAGGAGGUGUUGACAAAAUACAAGAUGCACGGCAAACGCAUCCUGAAGCUGCUGCAGAAGAUUUUCAGCUGGUUGCCGUUAGCGACGGUGAUCGACCAGAAGGUGCUGGUGCUGCACGGAGGGAUCUCCGACACCACGGACCUCAGUCUCCUGGCCAGAGUGGACAGACACAAGUAUGUUUCAGCGCUGAGGCCUCCAAAGAAGAGAUACCAGAGCUCAGCGGGGAUUUCCAUCGACUCGGACAUAGAUGAGGACGUCUGGUCCACCAACAGGCUCUUCCAGCGUCGGACCUCCCUCACGUUUCCCAAACCCCUCGGGACCCGCAACAACUUCCAGAACCGCUCGCUGCAGGACUUCUCCGACCGGAUCAAAGCGGUGGACGAGCUGGAGAGCCGCAAGAGGAGACAGUCCAUUUUCAACUUGGAGACCAACAAAUCAGAGAAAGACAUGUCCUCUGUGUCCUCUGACUCCGUCAACAGUGACAAUGACAACGAGGAGUGGAGACAGAUCCUGGACCUGCUGUGGAGCGACCCGGUGACCCAGGACGGCUGCGUGCCCAACGAGGUGCGUGGCGGAGGCUGCUACUGGGGCCCCGAUGUCACAGAGGACUUCCUGAACAGACACAACCUGCAGCUCAUCAUCCGCUCCCACGAGUGUAAACAGGACGGUUAUGAGUUCUGCCACAAUCGUAAGGUCCUCACUCUGUUCUCUGCCUCCAAUUACUACGAUGUGGGAAGCAACAGGGGGGCCUACGUGAAGCUGGGUCCAGACCUUGUGCCUUAUUUGAUUCAGUACCAGGCCAGCAGCAUGACCAGAGAGCUCACCGUGAGACAAAGUGUUGGGCGAACCGAGCGCUCGGCCCUCAAAGUCCUGCGGGAGCAGCUGUUUGCGCACAAAUCUGACCUCGUCUGUGCCUUCAAAAAGCUCGACAGCGAGAACACAGGGUUUGUGUCUCUGAGCGACUGGGCCUCUGCGGUGGAGAGUGUGAUGCACCUCGGGCUGCCCUGGCGGAUGCUGUGCUGUCAGCUGGUCACCUCCAAGACCAGCGACGGCAUGAUCGACUACCACGAGUGGUUCAACGAGCUCGCCAUCAAAGGACCCAACACGGACCACAUUGACCAGAGUCUGCUUGAGACUUUGUAUCGCCACCGCUCCACCUUGGAGACCAUCUUCAGAAUCGUAGACACAGACAACUCAGGCUUCAUCACCAUCGAGGACUUCCGGCAGACGUGGAAGCUGCUGAGCGUCUACCUAAAGAUGGAGAUCACGGACGAGGCCAUCUCCGACCUGGCCGUCACCAUAGACAGGAACCAGGACGGCAGCAUCGACACCGACGAGUUCAUGGAGGCCUUCCGCCUCACGGACAAGAAGAGCCGGCUGGAGCGAGGACGCAGCAUGUUCAUGGGCACGGCCACCGACCUCACCAAACUGGAGGGAGACCCCAACAUUUGAGCACAGAGAGAGCGAGAGACUGAAAACAGAGAGCGACUCCUCGCCAGGCAGACAGGCAGACAGGCAGCAGGAGGGGAGGGCGGGGAGCUGCAGCCAACGCAAGCUGCUUCAGUGACGCACAUUAAGACGUAGGAUGCUGCUGAGCCACAGCCGCGUGGAUCACAGGGGAUUAGGAGGUGAGAGUGCAGGAUAUUUGACGGCAAAUGAUCAUUUCACAUUCACAUUUUGAAGCAGUUUUAUCCACUGAGGGACGUGUAGGCGAAAACAUAACUGCAUGAAGAAGAAUUUAGUCUCUUUUAUUAAGUUAGAACACAGAAACAAAAAGGCAUCAUAUUUAGGCUGCAUGAUUAUUAAGAUAACAAUAUUAGAUACUGUGAUCACAGUUAUUAUGAGGAGUUCAAUAGAAUGAGGAUAUCUAUCAUUAUUUUUAACUUCAGAAAAUGCUUUGACUUCAAAGAUGAAAAGAGUAACACCUGCACACUCCAGAUGUUUUUAAAUGGACGACGUUUCGAUCCCAGUCGGAUUUUCAUCAGGUCAAAUGUUUCAAAAUGGUUACCACACACAUACUGUAUGUAUCAAUAGGCUGACAGGCUCUGUGAUGACAGGUGGGGUUAACCAUCCAACGUGUCCAGGGUGAUAAACGUCUCAAAGUGAUUAACAAUUCACCAAGUACAGAUUUAAAGUACAUCAGUCCUAAUGGGUGGGAGUACAGAGACACUAAUACAUCAAAUUUGAUCAAGAAAUAUCUUAAAAAAUAUCCAAAAACUGUUGUAAAUUACAUGAAAAGAAACAUUACACAUGACAAAAAGUAUUUCACCAGAAAGUCUCCGAUCAUAUUAGAGGCUGCAACUGACGAUUAUUUUCAUAAUCGAUUCAUCUGCCAAUUAUUUUCUCAAUAACAGCAGAAAACCGUUAAAAAUGCCCAAAACAAUUUCCUAGAUCCCAAGGUGAUGUCAUGAAAUGUCCAAAACCUAAAAAUAUUCAAUUUACUAAAAGGUUAAGACAAGAAAAAAGAGCAAAUGUUCACAUUUGAGAAGAGACUGUUUGGACUUUUUACUUAAAAGAUUACUUAAACGAUAAUCAAAAUAGUUGGACAUACAUUUUUUGUCUAUCGAUAACCUAAUUGUUGCAGCUCUGGUCCAUAAAAUGUUGGAAAACUGUGAAAAAUGCCCAUGAAAUGUUCCAGAGCCUCUUCAGAUGACUUGUUUUGUUCAGCCAACAGUCUAAAACCCCACGGUAUUGAGUUUAUAAUGAUAUAAAACCGCAAAGAGCAGCAAAUCCUCACAUUUUGAUAACAGGAAACAGUGACUGUACCAUUUUCUUCUUGAAAAAAUAGACUAAUCGAUUAAUCAACUAAUCGUUUCAGUCUUUAUCAUUAAGACUAUGGAAAGCUAUCAACAAGAAGUUAUAUCAAAACCUAAAUAAUAUAUACCUAAAUAAGACUCAAUCUAAAAUUACAAGAAAUGUUUUAUUUUAUAUUCUUAGUUUGGGCCUCUUGUUUUUUUCUUGUAGUUUUCUUUAUUUUAAAGCUCUCUGUGAGUCAGCGUGCAGCCGUUACUCUCUUCAUCAACGCUGAUUUCCAACAGCCUUUCAUCCACACGUGAUGUGCGAAUAACUACGCUCCUCCUAAAGACAUCAUAGAUGGCAGAAACUAAACAAAAAUGACAUGAUAUGAUAAAACAGUGAAUAAUUGUGCAGCUCUACAACAGCUGCACUAAUUAAUUGCAACUAAACGUUGCUGGUGCCUUAGCAGUAGAAGCGUUUUAACUUCUAGAGACGAAGUUAAGUCUAGUUUGCACUGAUGAUGUUUUGUAUCAACUGCCAACUAUGUACUACGGCCCCUCCUCGUGUCAGGUGGGAGACGAACCCUCACCUUGUCCAGAACGGAGAACUCAUGCUUUUAUUCAUUUGACUUUUAGGAUGCGUGUCUACCUCCAAAUUGUUGCUUUGAAACCCAGAACAUUUGGUGUAUUUUAAAGUGUAUUUUUUUAGUUUGAUAUUUUUGGGAAAUACGCUUAUUCGUGCCGAAGAGUUAGAUGAGAAGAUUGAUGGUUAGCUUAGCUUAGCAUAGAGACUAGAAACAGGGGGAAACAGCUUGCUUGGCUCUGUCCAGAGGUAACAAAAUCUAACUACCAGCACCUCUAAAGCUCACUAAUUAACACAUUAUAUUUUAUUAUUUGUUUAAUCCAUACAAAAAAAUGUGGUUUUAGACAUGUCUUUAGGCAGAUUUAUUUCACUGGACAGAGCCAGGCUAGCUGUUUCCCCCUGUUUUCAGUCUUUAUGCUAAGCUACGCUAACCAGCAGCUGGCUGUAGCUUCAUAUUUACCGUAUAGACGUAGGAGUGAUAUCAAUCUUCUUAUCUAGCUCUUGGCAAGAAAGUGAAUAAGAACCAAAAUGUUUAACUAUUCUUUUAAGAUAUGGAGACAACAUGUUGUUUUACAUUUUUUUAGUUCCCACAUUGUUUAAAUACUGUUUAACUCAACCUAAAGAGACAUGAAUCAUGCAGACGUGUACAAUUUUGUUGUAUGUAAAAUGUAAAUUUUAUUGUAUGUUUUGUUUUAGCAUGGUGACCAUGUAAAACAUUUACUGUAAAUACAUCUCACAGUCACAUUUGUAGCAUUCA